CCGGUCGAAAAAGUUUAGAAACAUCUGAUUUUGUUCAUUUUUUGAUGGACUUUGGAAUGAGACGUCAUUCGAAUAGAACGGAUAAAAUUUGACGAAGUUAUAGGCAAAAAAUCACGGAGGGCGCGUUUUUGAAAACCGAUACAUCUAAUUUUAUAAAUUCUAUAACUCGGCGAAAUCAAGUCCAAAUGACCUUAAAAUGUUUUCAUAACCCCAGUUUUGAUCAUAGAAUCCAAAAAUAGAAAAAGAUAUAUAGGUCAAAACUUUUCACUUGACAGCUUUUCUUGCUGGGCUGGUAGAACGUCUCUUAAAUAUUCUCUCUAUUAGAAAAUUUGUUAUAAUCACGUGAAGGGCUUUGUUCAAAGAAUUCUUUAGGCAACAGAAAUUGAACUCUAAUUUGGUCUAUAACAGACUCAAAAAACUUUGACUUAGUCUCUGAAAAGAACAAGUAAUUGCUUCUUUUUUUGACUAAUAAGAGAAACAAGUAACAUACAGGACAUUAAAAGUAUAAGAAAGAUACUAACUAUGAGCAGCAACAAUUACUGUGAAACGAAGGUUGAUGACGAGCAUGAUGCAGGCGAAGGCGGCGAAUCUAAAUUAUAAACAAUAUUAGAGAAAAUAUACGUCAUUCAUGUUCACUUACGCUAUCUUAAUAUGACAAAAAGAAUUGCUUACAAAAGUAAAACAUAACGCAAAAACGCGUUUAAACACAAAGAGAAAAAAGGUUUAAUACAAAAGUAAAAAGAAACAGGUAAGUAUCUACGAUUAAUAUUGCAUAACUUGAAAUAAAACAUAGUAAGUUAAAAGAGAAUAUAAGUGAUAAUACAUACUAACAACAUCAUCGUUUUCGACAUUUAUUGUGCCUAAAUAAAAAUAACAGUAGCGUUCAAAACGAACAAAUUUUAGUAUUAGACAUAAACUACUUAUCUGAAGGUAUCUGCAGUGACUUGGCGUUUUUAUGGGUGUUGAUAAUGAGAAUACUGGUAGAAGAUAGGCAUGCACAGGGACGGGAAUAUCCCGAAAUUCUCGUGUCGGGAAUCCCGAACCCAAGAAUCCCGAAAAUCAGGAAUUCCGACACGGAAAUUUCGGGAUAUUCCCGUCCCGUUGCAUGCCUAGACGGGGUUACAAGUUUCCCAAAACCCGGUUUUUGAGAGGUUUUUGCAAAUGCAUAGAAGAUAAACACAAAAACGGGCUGUUCUUAGUACACUCAUGCUAAUUAAUUCCAUUAGGCAUUCUCGAUAAGUUGAUGAUAUUUCAUAGCUGGAAGACUCUAUUGAUAAUUCCUCUCUAAACUUUGAAUAAAGUUCGAAAAAACAUACAUUAUCAAAAACCUUUCUCAUUAUUCUCACGACACAGCGGCAAGCGACAAAAAAUUUAAAAUUCGGAAUCCUCAGUUUCGGGAAUCCCGAACUCGGGUGAAGGUGAGGGUGAUUCUGAAUUUUAAGUUGAAAAUGGAGAAAUUGGUGGUGAGAAAAGUGAUAUAAAAUGCGACAAACCACCAAAUGAUGCACCGAAUCCAGAAUAUGGUCAAGCUGUUAUUAAUUUAACUGAAUAUAUUUAUAAACCUUUAACAGAUGAUAAACAGCGGAACACACGUGAAAUAAAUAGUUUUAUUUCAACAUUAGAAUUAUAUGGGAUUGUAUUAAAUCUGCUAAUUUUAUGUUGA